AUGGAGGAACCUGCGACGAGGCAACUGGAGAUGUCCCUGUCAGACCCUGCAUCGGAUGACGAGAUGUCUACAACGUUGCCCAAAGAGGGGGGCAGCCACAGCGGGAGCAUCCGAAAGGGAUGUGAUCCCUUUGCCCAGACUCAGCGCAGUAAGCUGCAGCACCGGCGAGCUCGCAUCAACCAGCAGAUCAACAAGGAAAUGCGCAUGAGGGCUGGAGCAGAGAACCUCUUCAGGGCCACCACUAACAACAAGGUGAAGGAGACCGUGGCUCUGGAGCUCAGCUUUGUCAACUCCAACUUGCAGCUGCUCAAAGAAGAGCUGGAAGAGCUCAACAGCAACAUGGAGGUCUACCAAACUGAGAGUGAGACAGUUAAUGUUCCCAUGAUCCCGCUCGGCUUGAAAGAAACCAAAGAGGUUGAUUUCACUCUUUCUAUCCAGGAUUUCAUCUGUGAGCACUAUGGAGAAGACUGCUCUCUCUAUGACAAAGAAAUUAAAGAGCUGAUCGAGCUCAGGCAGGCCAUGCGCACCCCCAGUCGCGACCAGGCUGGUCUGGAGCUGCUGAUGGAGUACUACAACCAGCUCUACUACCUGGACCAGCGCUUCUUCCCUCCAAACAGGAACCUUGGGGUGCACUUUCACUGGUAUGACUCUUUGACCGGUGUUCCAUCGUGCCAGCGUGCCUUGGCCUUUGAGAAGGGCAGUGUGUUAUUUAACAUAGGUGCCCUGUACACACAGAUAGGGGCUCGGCAGGACCGUUCUGCCACCGCUGGCAUAGAUCGGGCCAUAGACGCCUUCCAGAGAGCCGCAGGCGCAUUUAAUUACCUGAAAGAAAACUUUUCCAAUGCCCCAAGCCUGGAUAUGAGUGGGCCUUCACUCUGCAUGUUGGUGCGGUUGAUGGUCGCUCAGGUGCAGGAAUGUGUGUUUGAGCGUGUAAUACUCUCUACGCAAGACACACACUUCACUUCACAACUCCGCUUGGCACAGGAGGCGGCUCGGGUGUCAGAUGUGUACUCAUUGGUACAGCAGACUAUGUCCCAGCCCCUGGUGAAGGACUAUGUGCCAUUUUCCUGGGCCUCCAUGGUUCAGGUGAAAUCUGAACACUUCCGUGCCCUCUCUCAUUACUAUGCUGCUGUUGCACUCUGUGACCACGCACAGUCUUCUGAGGAGGUAGAGGAGGGGGAUGAGGAAGCAGACAAAGUAUUUUUCCAGUUCCACGUCAGUGCUCCUGCAGGGUCUCCUAUCUGUCAGCUUCUGCGAGACCCAGAAGAAAGACGAAAGCUGGGUAAAGCUCACUUGAGACGUGCCGUGAUCAGACAUGAGGAGGCCAUGCGUAUCCACAGUCUGUGUAAGAUCUUGAGGAAAAUGGACAUCCUACAGGAUGUGCUUUCUCUCAUGCACAAACGCUCUUUAGACAAGUACUCUGAGCUGGACAGAGAGGACGACUUUGAUGAGACUGCCGAGGCUCCAGAGAUACAGUCUCUAACCCAUCAGAAACCAGACGUCACGCCUCCCAACUUCGCUAAGGUUCAAGUUACUGACAUCUUCCAAAGGCUGGGUCCUCUGUCAGUGUUCUGUGCGCGGGCACGCUGGGGCCCCGUGCGUGUGAUCUGUCUGCAGAGAAGAGAGGGUGGUCUGGGUCUUACACUGAGAGGAGAUUCCCCUGUCCUAGUGGCAGGAGUGGUGCCUGGUGGCUGUGCUGCGGAGGCAGGACUGAGGGAGGGAGACUACAUAGUGGCAGUUGAUGGACAGGAUUGUAAGUGGGCCAAGCAUGGGGAGGUGGUCCACAUGCUCAAGAGCUGCAGCGACAGAGGAGUGGAGCUCAGCGUUGUCACGCUCCACUCACACGAUACCCAGGUGGACAGGAGGUCAGUCAUGCAUUCCCACAGCAGUGAGAAGGAGAACACUCGUCAGCGUCUGCUGGGUGGAGCCAAGGGCCAGAGUUCUGCAUCCCUCCUCAACUGGAACAGGAAAAAGAAGAGGGAAGGGGGCGGGGUCUCUAAGAGACUAGGAAGCACUUUCAGCUUGUCAUUCGGAAGCCUGCGAGACACUGAGGCGAUGUACUAA